UAAACAUGGCGACUCCCAUGGAACUUCGUUGCUGGGGAGGCGAUUGGGGUUUACCAUCUGUACACACAGAUUCCCUCGUUGUGCUGGCUUACGCUAAAUUUUCAGGGGCCAAGAUUACAAUCGUGCCAGUUGACUGGACAUGGAAGACGUUGACAGGAACAGUACCAUCCCUGCACUGUGACGAGGUUAUGGUGACGGAACCAGUGCAAAUUCUCAACUUCUUAAGAAAAAGGAGAUUCAAUGCGGACUACGAGCUCUCAGCCAAACAGGGGGCGGACACUAUGGCCUAUAUCGCCCUGCUUCAGGAGAAACUGCAGCCAGCACUGCUGCACACGUUCUGGGUGGACGCAGAGAACUACGCAAACCUGACCCGGCCGUGGUACGCCUCCCGCUCACCAUUCCCACUCAACUUCUUCCUCCCGAGCCGAUUGGCCAGCGCAGCUUUGUCCCGGAUCCUUCUGACGAAAGGGGAGUCCCCACUGCACAGCAUCACAGAGGUGGAGGCCAAGAUCUACAGUGAAGCGAAAGAGUGCCUGAAUCUGCUGUCCUACAGGCUGGGUACAGCGCAGUACUUCUUCGGAAGCACGCCGGGCAGCCUGGAUGCCUUUGUGUUCGGGUACAUCGCCCCGCUGCACCGGGCCAGUCUCCCCAGCGGCCAGCUCCAGCAGCACCUGAAGCAGCUCUCCAACCUGUGCCACUUCUGCGACUCUGUCCUCCACCACUACUUUGGAGACGGUGCCCCUGGGUCUCCUCCCACCAGCCAGGACUCGGUAGACGCAAACCUCCAGAAACUGACACAGCUUGUUAACAAAGAGUCCAACCUUAUCGAAAAGAUGGAUGAUAAUCUGCGUAGCAGCCCCCGGCGAGCGGAGCCCAAACCCGCCCCCCAGCCCCGAGAGAGGAACUCCACAGCGUGACCCCUCCCCCUGCAAAUCCUCAGGAAGUACACACUACGCUACGUCAUAAUCUGCUGCCCCGCCCAUUAUUCUGUUGCCCCAACAAUUAUCCUGCUGCCCCGCCCAUUCUCACCUGGCUCCCAUUCUCCUGUGGCCCUGCCCACUCUCUCCACCCUGUGUGGGUCACAUGGUUAAGAGAACUGGGCGUGUAAACACAGGGUUGCUGGUUCAGCUCCCAGACAGGAAACAAAUAUUCCUGACUGAGUGGCUUUACCUGUUUCACUCAGCUAAAGAGGUUCUGAAGCAGACCAUGCUAUUCACAGUCUGUCCAAUGUGUUGAGCUCUGAGCAGCAUUCAGGAUGUGAGCAGUGUGUGUGUGUGUGUGUGUGUGUGUGAUGUACUAAGCAGUAUUCAGGGUGUGAGCACUGUGUGCGUAAUCUGCAGAACACUGGUUAGAGUACUGAGUGGGGGACCAGGGUGUGGUAUUGAAUAUGUAACAGGACACACCUUCAGGGAGCAUGGCUGAAUAUAUAUAUUUCACAUAAAACCUCAAUAUCUGCCCAUUAUUAUUUUUUAGGAAAACAUUAGACUUACCUUUUGCGAUUUUGAGAUUACUUGUCACGAUGAGAACAUGGCCUUAUUGUGAAGUUCUUGUUGAUUUUUGAUUGAUCCUGAACUGGCAAGUUCAGCUACCUGAUUUUGAGAAAUAUUGCCUUGUCAGUAGGAUUCAAGCAUGGCAAAAGGGAAUGUUUUAAGCAGGGAUGGAUUUUGAUCUUGUCUUUAUCUUUUAAAAUACAUGAAGGUGUUCUUUAUAAUGUUUUGGAUUGAUGAAAUAGGAUUGCGUCAGAACGAGGAAUGUUAAUGAAUGUUAUUGACGUUGAAUAGCCAGUUGCCAGCUGAAGUUCAGAAUGACCAUUGUGGAAGCAGAUAUUCAUUUCAACAAUAAUACAAGACAAUAUCUUAAAAUAAGAACAAAAUCCCCCCUAGCAUGCUCAUGGGACUGAAAUUCAUGAGUAAUAAUCAGAAACACCAGUACCAUAUGGAUUUAAUCAGUAAGAAAUGUUUAAAUGUUUGUUGUAAAAAACAGUUGAAAUCUCAAAAUGAUGGUUCAUUGGCGACUGCAAGCACUUUAUUUUAAAAACCGAAUCUAAGCAUGUUAUAUUGUAUUGAGAGACAUAUUGUGACACCAGGAACCAGAACCAGUUUGCUAGAGCGAUUGUUAGUUCUGGUUUACUGUUCAGUAUUUGGGGACAAAAUUAUCAGGAAAAAAGUUUAAGCCACUCAAAAUGAUCCGUUGAGCUACAGGGCACAUACUCUAUACAUAUGCACAUCUAUGCUGUACAAAUCUGCUGAUCUCCUGGUCUGUGGUUUGUGAAUCUGUGGUCUGUGAAGCAGGUCUGUGGUUGAGCUGUGAGCGAAAGAUACCGAAUGUUGACAAGAUGUUCUAUGGGGAAUGUUUGGAAAGUCUUGAAUGAUGAGAAUUGUCAUUGCUUUGCAAGUGUAAAUUUGACAUCAUGUAGUGUACAUUAUAUUUGCAUAUGCCAGCACAAAAGUGGACUUAAUAAUCUAUAUGCCUCUAUCCACAUGGCCUUUGAAGUCAUACAUUUUAAAAUAGUCAUAAAUAUAAUAGGACAGAUUCUGUACCAUAUCCACUUAUGCUUUUAGUGUCACUCAUGGUGUUUUUGCAGUAAUUUAGAAAUGUAUGUUACAGCAUGAAAUAUUUGUGAAUGUUAUGAGAUAUUAAUUUGGAAUCCAUACUUUUAAAAUUAUGUAUUUCUUUGAGACAGACAAUAACACAGAUGUUCCGGAACAAUAUUACAACUUUUGUAUUCCUGGUGUGGGGUGACAUAAUUGUUAAUACUUUCUUUCUGUGUGUCUAUAUACAGUAUUAUAGUACAGGAUUGAAUGGAAACAAGGCUAUGUUAUCAGCUUGUUAGUAGAUAUUGGUUUGGAGAAAAUAGGGAUUCUUUUUUCUUAUAUUUCCUGAGCACGAUGCUAAUGCCCGUGUUCUGAAGUGACAUUUGGAACAUUAACAGUCUGUUUGAUACAAGUGUUCAAGCCCAACCCAUCUCUGCUUUCCUGUGCCCGAUUUAUUUAGCCAAAUUGCAUUCCAAAACCUUAGUUACAUUGUACAGCUGAAAAUCAACAUUAUGAUAUACAAGUACUGAAAACAGACAUCACAGUUAUUUCCCCGAAACAGGUAUAUUAUUAUUAUGUAUUUGAUAAUUUGAUUUUAUUAAUGCACUUGAACGAGAGGGUUAGAGACAGCUCUUCAAAAGAGUUAUAUUUCCAUAAGUGGCAUAGUGAGCAGUAGAACGGGUAUAUUUUGAAGACUGGAGCUCAUUGGAGGUGUUUAUUAAUGAUUAUGACAGAUGAAUUAUGACCGCUUAAUUAAUGUCAUCUGUUCUGUUCCAUGCCAGCCACACCUGCAGCUGCGUUACUCUGUAGGAAUGUAAACGGACAGCGGUGCUCAUAUCCCCCAUAAUGCAUCUGGACCACAGAGCUCUUGAGCACUGCUGGAGGAACAAAGCCAGAUCACACAUUAAAAUCUGUUUUUUAGAGACCUGGACCUAGACUGUUUGGAUUGAACACCUCUAAUGUGCACAAUGACCAGCUGAGCUGUCUCUGACAGGGAGUACAUGGAUUUUGAUUCAGAGGAUUUCUUCUGAAAAUACAAACUGUUUAAAAAUGUUUCUGUAAAGCCCAAACAUUAUUGGGGUGAAAGUAUACGUUAUUGGUCAUGUUUUGAUUACUCCUGACUUGGCUUGGGUUCAACCCCUACCACCCUCUGCAGCAUUCAUUUUUUAAAUAAUUCAAUAAUUGUUGUUAAAUAUAAUUUAAGCCAGUUUUCCAUAGAAUGGGUACUCUUUCAUCUUCAAUAAACCUCUCAGUAUCUCAAUAAAUGUAAAUACUAUAUGUAGUGUAUAGAACGUGAGAUGUAAGAAAAUGUAAAAUAUGAAUUUGCCUCAUUCGAAGAAGGGAUCAUUGGCACACAGGCAGAAAUAAAGUCCAUGGCCUAGCCUUGCAUGUGAAUAUUCAACAACAUGUUAAUAAAAACACACAGAGCCAGUACAGUUUUCAGAAGUGGUUCUGUGUGCCUUCUCCGUGUACAGUUGUAGAGAUAUACAAUUCCUUUAUCUCUCAUACCUUCUACAAAAAGUUAUUUUACAAAAUAAUAGUACAGUACAACAUUGUAUUGUGUACUGCUGGUAGUUUUAUAAACAAGCUAUGUGAAAAGGCUGUACAGAGAUGUAUAUUACAUGUUUUGUGUGGUUAAAUAAAGAGCAGUACCGUACAACACAAUUCCAGCUGGUUCAUGUAGUACAGUGUCCUUAAGCAGUGCAGUGCUGUCUGGGGAAAAGGCAGUGCUUUGUCCAGAAUCCAGGGUCACUUUCUUUGGACAUUAAAGCAGCAGGUCUACAAUGGAAGUAUAACUCGAUAUUUGCACUACAAUUCAUCUCUUGUAUAUCUGGCAAUACAUUUUCUAAAUAAAAUAUUUCCUUCAGUACUGUAGUCCAGAUAUACACAAUUGUGUUCAUAAGGAUGUGAAAUAUUGUAUUACCAAGUGACAUUAAUUGCUUGGAAUGAAUCAGAUAAUUUGAUCAGUGAAAAUGUAUUAUAUGAUUCCCUCUAGCUAGAAUAUUAUUAGGAUUAAUGAUUGCAGGUAUAUAAUUGCCCAUUAAUGAUUUAAGCACAUAUUCAUCAUCCUGUGUUUAAGGGUCUCCAGUAAUGUGGAGUUCCACUUUCUGGUGGUUAUGUUCUGGCACUUUCUGUAAUGUUAAACUUCUGUCAUUGAAUGGAUUUAGCGAUAUGACAAAACACAACAAAAUUAUUUUCAUAAUUGGUCAUUACAAGAUGAAGUAUCUUAGAAUAAUAAUGUUUUACAAUUCACAUGUUCUUAUAGCACAGAAAUCUGAGAUUACAUUUUAUCAGUUUUUUUCCAUAUAGAAAUAAUCUUAUGCAUUUUUAUGAAGUCAUAUUUUGUAUUUUGUAAUCCCAAAAUGUGUCACUUUCAUUUUGUGUUUGUGUGUGUGCUGCCUUUGUAUUGUAUAUUGCAGUUUUUCUUUCUUGUCAAGGACUGUGUGUAUACCAUGUGUGUUUUCUGCUGCCUGGUCCCUUAAAACUCAUUUUACCA